UCCUGGAACCAUGAAGGACGGAAGUCUUUUCCUCCUUUACGCCAUCGUGCUGGCAGUUCUAGCCCAGCCUUUUGGUUCCAAAUCAUGUUCCAGCUCCAUCUCCCCUCACCUCCGGAAGGAUUGUCACCCUGAAGCCGGAGCUUCUGAAGCGAGCUGCCUCGCCAAGAAAUGCUGUUGGGCUCCAUCCAAAACACCCGGAAUUCCUUGGUGUUUUGAGAAAACGGAUGGCUGUUCCAUGGUUGCCGCCUCCCAACGGAUCGAUUGCCACCCGGAGCCAGGGGCCUCGGAGGCCAAGUGUAGGAGCCGCGGUUGCCAGUGGUGCCAGACUGACAACUCUAAUGUGCCGUUUUGCUUCUAUUACUCCAAAGAAGAGGCGGCCUGCGCCAAUAGCUUUCCGUUUCAGAAUCGCAUCGACUGUCAUCCUCAGCCCGGGGCGACCCAGGCGACGUGCGAGGCGAAGGGCUGCGUGUGGUGCUCUUCGUCUCUGAGGAACGUUCCCUGGUGUUUCUAUCCUGCAGACGGUCCCCACGGCUAUGCCGUCGAUACAAAACCACAGAGGACCGAGAAAGGAUGGAGGGUGAUCCUAACCAAGCGUGACACCAUAUCCCUGUUUGGAAAUGACAUUUCUCCUAUUGCGAUGGACGUCGAGUUCCAUACCAAGGACAGGCUCAGAUUUAAGAUUUAUGAUCCUAAUAAUAAACGAUUUGAAGUUCCACUCAACAUUGAGUCUCCUCCUACUGCUGCGGCUGAUCCCAACUACGAUAUUGAAUUCUUAAAUGGUUCAUUCCUCCAAUUCAGAAUAACAAGGAAGAGCACAGGAACUGUACUGUGGGACACAUCACUCGGAGGAUUGACCUUUUCUGAACAGUUUAUGCAGAUGUUAGUCACCCUCCCAUCUGACUCAGUUUAUGGAUUUGGUGAACAUGAACAUCCAUCUUUUAAGCAUGACAUGAACUUCAUCAGAUAUGGAAUGUUUACCAGAGAUCACCCACCCAUGGCAUUUAGCAAUCUUUAUGGCGUUCACCCCUUUUACAUGUGCGUAGAGAAAGAUUUCAAUACCCAUGGUGUUCUGCUCCUGAAUUCCAAUGCACAAGAUAUCACUUUGAGCCCAUCUCCAUCUAUCACAUUCCGGACCAUCGGCGGAAUCCUUGACUUUUACAUGUUUCUUGGACCCACACCCGAAAAUGUUGUCCAGCAAUACACAGAGGCUAUUGGACGCCCAUAUUUUCCUCCAUAUUGGUCUCUGGGGUUCCAGCUAUGCCGGUGGGGUUACGACAGCUUGGACGUGCUGAAGGAAACUGUUGACCGCAUGAGGAAGUAUGACAUUCCAUUUGACGUCCAGUAUGGUGAUAUUGACUACAUGGAUCGUCGUUUGGAUUUCACCUACGAUAAAGUUAAUUUUGCUGGUCUACCGGAAUACAUUCAGGAGCUGAAGAAAGAUGGGAUGCAUUAUGUUAUUAUUUUGGAUCCCUUUUUGACAAAAGACGAACCUCAGGGCACCUACAGAGCCUAUGAACUUGGAGAGGAAAUGGGAGUUUGGAUCAAAAAUUCUGACGGAGUAACUCCUGCAGUCGGCAAGGCCUGGCCUCCAGGAAAUUCAGUGUUUCCUGACUACACAAAUCCCAAAACAGUUGAAUGGUGGAUUCAGAUGUGUGUGGAGUUCAAAGAUGUUCUUGAUUAUGAUGGAAUUUGGAUUGAUAUGAAUGAACCAGCCAAUUUUGGAGCUGGCCAGAAUACUGGUUGUACACGCAAUAAACUCAAUAACCCACCAUACGUUCCUGACAUUACUGAUGAACUUCUGGCUGAGAAGACAUUAUGUCCAGACUCAAAAACAUAUCUGGGGAAUCAUUACGACACUCAUUCUCUCUUUGGCUGGUCACAGACAGAACCUACUUUCUACGCUUCCCAAAAUGCCACAGGAAAGCGAGCGUUUGUUCUGAGCCGUUCUACGUUUGUUGGGAGUGGAAAACAUACCGGCCAUUGGCUUGGGGACAAUUUUUCCAGAUGGAGGGAUAUGCACAUGUCUAUCAUUGGCAUGCUGGAAUUUAAUCUCUUUGGAAUCCCAUAUAUUGGCGCUGAUAUUUGUGGUUUUAAUGAGGAAACAACCUAUGAACUUUGUUUACGUUGGAUGCAACUUGGAGCGUUUUAUCCCUUCUCCAGAAAUCACAAUGCCAUAGGCCUCAAGGAGCAAGAUCCCGCAGUGUUUGGUGCAGAGUUUGCUGAGAUUUCUCGUUCCGCUUUGAUGACUCGAUAUACACUGCUCCCUUACUUAUACACCUUGUUUUAUCAUUCUCAUGUCAGUGGAAAUACAGUGGUCCGUGGAUUAAUGCAUGAAUUCAUUUCCGAUCCUCAGACUCAUGCGAUCGACAGAGCUUUCCUUUGGGGACCUGCAUUUAUGAUCACUCCAGUUCUCGAAGAGGGAGCAAGAGCCGUGGAUGUAUACUUUCCAGAAGCAACCUGGUUCAACUAUUACACGGGGGACCAAGUGCCAGAUUCCUGGCUUAAGAAAUCUGUUCGUGUUCCUGCUCCUCUGGAAACAAUUCCGCUCUUUAUCCGUGGUGGCUACAUUCUUCCCACUCAGGCUCCAGCCAGAACAACAGUUCUGAGCCGCCUGAACCCAUUUGGUCUCAUAAUUGCUCUAAACAAACAGGGUGAAGCUUCUGGGUCCCUUUUCUGGGACGAUGGUGAUUCUAUUGGCUCGAUUGAAAAUGGAGAUUACUUCUUCGCCCAAUAUAAAUUCAGCAAAGGACAAUUAAAAACAACCCUAGUGAGAAAUGGCUACCGUGGUGUGGAUACUUUGACUUUUGACACUGUUCAUAUUCUUGGUGUGAGCUCAAAGCCCAAUGUUAUUACCGUGAAUGGUAAAAUGAUCCAAAGCAAGAACUUCCACUAUCAUCCCAACGGGAAACUCACUUUACAGAUUUCUGAACUUCUUGCCCAGAAGCUGACUAUAACCCUUCAAUAGGAUAUUUGAAAAAUGCACAGUACUAAGGAAAUGAAAUGCUCAUUUCUCAUGCCUGUAAAAUCUCUGUCACAUUAAAAGCUUUCAUCCUCA